AUGACGCUGGAGAAUGCACCAGCCGGGCAACCAACGAACGUGUCCGUCAACCUCGUCAUUUACGAGUUGGGUCCCCUGAAUGAGAAAGACAUGGACUUCCGCGUAGACUUGGAUCUGCAAGAGUCUUGGACUGACGAGCGUAUGUCACUCUAUGAACAUGGUGUCAAUUAUUCCUUCAUCACGAACGAGGGCAGCCUCAUCGGGAGCAUAUGGAAGCCGGACAUAUUUUUCGUGAACGCCAAAGACGCCACAACCCACGACAUCACCGUUCCGAACCAGCUGCUGCAGAUCUUACCAGAUGGCGUCAUCCUGUUCAGCAUAAGAAUUACCCUUCGGCUGUCGUGCCUAAUGGACUUCCAGCUAUUCCCGCUGGACAGGCAAAUCUGCGAUAUCGUCUUCCGCCCAUAUUCUCACACGGACGAAAAGGUGGCAAUUUCUUGGCGCGAGACAAACCCAGUCGUGCUGGAGUUCUCCAACGACGCUCCAGAAUUUGACGUCAUCAAUUUCCAGAUUCAUAACUUCACAAGGUUCCAUAGAACGGGCAACUUCAGCAGCCUCAAGAUGGAGUUCCUGCUGGAGCGGGACCCGGGCUUCUACCUCGUCCACCUGUACCUGCCCCUCACGUUGACCGUGCUCAUGUCAUGGCACGCGCUUUGGCUCAAGGUCGAGAUCCCGCAGGCUCGUAUGGUGCUCACAAUCCAGUGUCUGCUCACUAUCGUGACAGUGUCCAACGGUGCACGCGCUCUGGUACCGCGGGUGUCGUACCUGAAGGCCGCUGACGUCUGGAUCACCGCGUGCAUACUGUUCGUGUACGGCACCAUCUUAAUCUCCACCAUGGUCAACUACAUGGCCAGACUCAAGCUGCGGUCGCUAUGGCUCAGAAAGGCGGACCAAGCCUUUGCCGACGUUUGCCACGUGAUCAAGCACGGAACGCCUUCGGACGACUUCUUGCUGAAGAUGAACCACGCCAACAAGCAGGAGCACCACAGGAACGUCAAAAGGUCCGAGUCGGUCGAAAGGCACGCUCGCUACCUCUUUCCCGCCUGCUUCCUCUUCUUCAACAUCGUCUACUGGCCUUUCUACAUGCUACGGGCCUACGCAUACUUCUGA